AUGGCGGCGCCCAUCUUCAACACCGAGCGCCAUGUCAAAUAUUAUCUCCGCUGUCUCAAGACCUUCCUCCCCUCGGCCUAUAUCUCCAAUGACUCCAAUCGCAUGCUUCUCGCCUACCUGACACUCGGCGGUCUCGACGUUCUCGGUGUUCUACAAAGCAAAACCACCCCGGAGGAGAGACAAGGGUAUAUCGACUGGCUAUACCAUUGCCAAGUGCCGUCGGGAGGCUUCCGCGGGUUUUCAGGCACAGACUUUGGCGAUGCACGGCGGACACCACAUAACGAGGCUUGGGACCCGGCAAAUGUCCCGGCGACAUUCUUUGCGCUGGUGAACUUGCUCAUUCUGGGAGAUGACUUGACAAGGGUGAAGCGGAGAGAAUGCUUGGAGUGGCUUCCGAAGCUACAGCGAGAAGACGGGAGUUUUGGAGAAGUCUUGGGUCCCAAUGGGACUGUUGAAGGGGAUCAAGAUCUACGAUACUGCUGCUGCGCUUCCGGGAUACGCUACAUCCUACGAGGCCAAUCUGGAAAGGGCGUUGAAGAUAUACCGGAUAUCAACGUGUCUAAAUUAACCUCAUUCAUCGAGGCUUGUCAGGUACAAAUUCUCCGUGAAUUGUUCUAUCCUUCUGACCUUCUGAGCCCGACUGAUCGCUUUUCCUUCGAGCAGAGCUACGACGGCGGAAUGGGCGAGUCGCCUUUUCGCGAAUCGCACAAACCCCGUCUGACCAGCUGCUGUCUCCGGGGUCGAAGGGGGUUUGAGGCCCUGGUGGGCUGGCUGGCAUCGCGGCAGACGGACAAAUUACUCGGCGAGGAAGAUGGGGAGGAAGAGAAGGGCGAGUCGGAUAAUGGUGAUGAAGAGGAGCCCACGGCCGCUGAGGUAGAGGUAGGAACAGGGACCGCGUCGGUAGACGACUUGGUUCGUGGACUGUCGAAUAUGACGCCGUUGUCAGGCGAGACGAUAUCGUGCGCUGGGUUCAAUGGGCGAUGCAACAAACUGGCAGAUACCUGCUACUCCUUCUGGAAUGGCGCGGCACUCAUGAUGCUGAAUCGAUAUUGUGUGAUUGAUGACGCACGAAAUCGGCAAUAUCUUUUAGAAAAGACACAGCACCUGGUCGGUGGCUUCGGAAAGGGCGUUGGAGAUCCUCCCGAUCUUCUUCAUUCUUAUUUCGGCAUGGUCUCACUUGCGUUCCAAGGCGAGGCCGGACUUGCUCGGGUUGAUCCUGCUUUGGUUGCGACCGAGCGGACUGUUGAGCACUUGAAAUCGCUGUCGUGGUGGUCAUAA